CUCUCUCUCUCUCUCUCUAAACUCUACACCGUCUUAUCUCUCACUAAAAGUCCAUGGAGACGACUUCUUCGUCUUCUUCGUCUUCUUUGUUAAUUUUUCUUCCUUGAGUCCAACCUCAUGAGCAAAAAUCGUCCUCUCAGUUAUUAUUUUUUAAUUCUUCUCUGCUUGUAGAAAAAAAAGGUUCCUACAUCAAAAAAUGGCAAAAUCAGAGAAAGUCGAGUUAGCACAGACCUUAAUCGAAUCAGUAAACGAGAUCGCUUCGGUUUCAGAUCACCGCACACCGGCGAUGAAGAAACACUGCGGCAAUCUCUCCCGGCGGUUAAAGCUUCUUAUUCCGAUGUUCGAAGAGAUCAGAGACUCUAAAGAGUCGUCUGACCCUGAAGAAUUGGUGACGAAGGCUUUGUUUUCUCUUAAGGAAUCACUUGCUCAAGCUAAGGAUUUGCUUACUUUUGUAAGCCAAGUUAGCAAAAUUUACCUGGUGUGUGUUGGAGAGAGACCAAGUCAUGCUUAAAUUUCAGAAAGUGACAUCUCUAUUAGAACAAGCUUUGAGUGAGAUUCCUUAUGAGAAUCUUGAAAUCUCAGAUGAACUCCAAGAACAGGUUGAGCUUGUUCUAAUCCAGUUAAGAAGAGCAAUAGGCAAAGGAGGAGAUACGCACGACGAUGAGUUACAUAAAGAUCUUCAAUCUCUUUACGUUAGCUAUGAUGUAACAGACUCCGAUAUCCUCAGGAGAGUAGCUGAGAAGCUUCAACUAAUGACCAUUACAGACCUUACGCAAGAGUCGUUGGCUCUUCUUGAGAUGGUUAGUUCCAGUGGAGGAGAUCCCGGUGAAAGCUUUGAGAAGAUGAUGAUGGUUCUCAAGAAAAUCAAAGACUUUGUGCAAACCAAUAACCCUAACUUGGACCAAGCUCCCAUGGGACAAAAACCUCCACUUUCAAAGUCGCAAGACGGAAAACAGAACAUCCCAAUCCCGCCUGAAGAUUUCCGUUGUCCGAUUUCACUAGAACUGAUGAAUGAUCCGGUUAUUGUUUCUUCAGGGCAGACAUAUGACCGUGACUGCAUCAAGAAGUGGCUAGAAGGAGGACACUCUACGUGUCCAAAGACGCAAGAAACGCUUACAAGCGAUACAGUCACACCAAACUACGCACUAAGAAGCCUUAUAGAUCAAUGGUGUGAAUCAAACGGCAUCGAACCUCCAAAACGUCACAACAAGAGUAGUCAAGCCUCAUCAUCAUCCUCCUUACUUCCUACCGAUGAACAGAACAAGAUUGAGCAACUCCUACGUAAGCUCACUUCUCAACUCCCCGAAGACCAAAGAUCCGCCACAGAAGAAAUCCGGCUUCUUGCGAAACAGAACAACCAUAACCGAGUCGCCAUCGCUGCAUCAGGCGCGAUUCCUCUUCUUGUGAAUCUACUUACAGCAUCCGACGAUUCACGGACUCAAGAACACGCCGUGACAUCGAUACUUAACCUCUCGAUAUACCAAGAGAACAAAGGGAGGAUUGUUUCCACGUUUGGAGCGGUUCCUGGUAUUGUUCAUGUGCUUCAGAAAGGCACCAUGGAAGCUAGAGAAAACGCAGCAGCUACACUGUUCAGCCUCUCGGUUAUAGACGAGAACAAAGUGACAAUAGGCGCCUCAGGAGCGAUCCCUCCUCUUGUGACUUUGCUUAGCGAAGGAUCACGGAGAGGUAAAAAAGAUGCAGCCACUGCUCUGUUCAACCUCUGCAUAUUUCAAGGGAACAAAGGAAAAGCGGUCAGAGCCGGUUUAGUUCCUGUGCUAAUGCGGUUACUAAGAGAACCGGAAAGCGGUAUGGUCGAUGAAGCGCUUGCUAUGUUAGCCAUUGUAUCGAGUCAUCCUGAAGGGAAAAUAGUGGUUGGAACGGCUAAUGCGGUUGCGGUUAUGGUUGAUUACGUUAGAAGCGGGUCGCCGCGGAACAAGGAAAACGCGGCUGCGGUUUUAGUGCAUUUGUGUUCAUGGAAUCAGCAGCAUUUGAUUGAAGCUGAGAAGUUAGGGGUUAUGAGUUUGUUAAUAGAAAUGGCUGAGAAUGGUACUGAUAGAGGGAAACGCAAAGCGGCACAGUUACUUAACCGCUUUAGCCGUUUUAACGACCAGCAAAAACAGUCUGGCUUGGUUGUGGAAGAUCAAAUCUCUCUGAUAUGAGUUUAGGGCUUUAGGGUUUUGCUUUUACAGUUUACUGUUUUGUUAAUCAAAGUACGUAUCAAACUUAUACCAUAAGGACAAGAUUUUGAAACCUGUACAAUGGAAUUUCUCUCUCUUAACUUUGAGAAAAUAAAUAAACUUAAAUCUUAAAA